AUCUUGUUUAGAAUAGUGCAGCCAAGGGUGUGCUGUGGUGCAGGAAGUGAACUCUGAACCUUCCUUCUUUAACUGGACUUUUUGCUAGUCCACUGUCGACUGCGCCGAGUACUCAAAACAAGAUUUUUCCUCUGAACAGUUUUCUACACCAAUCUCACUCACAAUCUACAAUGGCUGAUAAAACUAGCUUUGUGGAUACCAUCGUUCACCAAGAUGUUAAGGAUUACUAUGGAAAGAGGGUACAGAAGACCUCAGACCUGAAGAGUAAUGCUUGUGUCGCUCCAGCCCAGCCCUACCCAAAUUUCAUCCUUAAUGCUCUGAAGAAAGUACACCCUGAUGUGACUGACAGAUACUAUGGUUGUGGUCUGGUGGUGCCAGAGUGUUUGGAAGGCUGCAGGAUUCUUGACCUGGGCUGUGGGAGUGGCAGAGACUGCUUCAUGCUGAGUCAACUGGUGGGAGAGGCUGGCCAUGUCACCGGCAUUGACAUGACUGAGAUUCAGCUUGAAGUGGCCAGGAAACAUGUGGACUUUCACAUGAAGGAGUUUGGCUACAAGAAGCCCAAUGUGACAUUUGUCCAGGGCUACAUUGAGGCCUUAACAGAGGCGGGUCUGGAAAGUAACUCUUUUGAUGUUAUCAUCUCCAACUGUGUGGUGAAUCUUUCUCCAGAAAAGAAGCGAGUCCUGGCUGAAGCCCACAGGGUGCUAAAGGAUGGUGGUGAGUUUUACUUCAGUGACAUCUACAGCAACGCAAGAUUGCCUGAGGAAAUUAAAAAGCACAAAAUCCUGUGGGGGGAGUGUAUAGGUGGCGCACUGUGGUACAAAGAUCUCCUACAAUUGGCCGAGGAAGUUGGAUUCAGUCCACCGAGGCUCGUUACUGCCAGCAUUGUCACUGUUGACAACAAAGAACUGCAAGCCAUUCUGGGGGACUUCAAGUUUGUCUCUGCCACAUACCGUCUCUUUAAGAUCCCGAAAGGCAGCCCAAAGCCAUGUAACGUCAUUUAUAAUGGAAACAUUACAGGCGCAGAGGACUCUCUCCGCUUUGACUGUCAGUACACCUUCAAGGUUGAUCAAGUGGUCGAGGUAGAUGGUGAAUUAGCCGCCAUCCUGACCCAUUCCAGAUUUGCACAGGACUUCACUUUCCAGCCACCAAGCGGCUCCUGUGGACCUUGUGGAGUCAAACCGAAGGCACUUGCAGAGGAUCCUUUCCAGUUUGCUGUGCAGCUGCCGAAACAGAGUCCAAGUUCAAACACAGGGGGAUGCUGCAGUACCAAGUCUGCAACCUGCUGCAAGUGAUUGCCUUGAGUGCAGCAACCCAGCAGCACCAAGUUGACACGAGAUUAGUGCUUCUCAACUGUUGUCACCCUGCGACCCGUAUUUAUCGCCAAGUCUUGACCCACUUCUACAAAAGUUAAGAGUAAUAAAGAAAAUGCAUUCUUAAAAAAAAAGAAAAGCCUUUGAAAAUAUGACUCCGUAUUUUGCGUACGUGCCCCGCUUUAAGGUCCCAACCCACCAGUUGAGAACCACUGUCGUAGAUAAUAGAGUCCAAAUUCCAUUUUUAGAGUUGAGAACGAUUAUUUAUUCACACAUCAAACCACAUCAUUGUAAUGCAAUAUCAAUUUUAUUCAUUUCAAAGUAAGGUUUAAGUAUCAAUGACUAGUUGUGGUAAUUUUGUUUAAAAUGGACAAACUCGAUAAGAUUUUAUUGACAACCUUUUGUGCUUUGCACAAGCGUGAAGAGUCUGUACAUGUCGUCAAAAUAGUUGGUACCCUUCCAUUAAAGGAAGAAAAACACAAUGAUCACUGAAAGUGUAACUUGACAGGAAUUUUUCAAAAGGUAAAUUGACAAGCCUAAGAGCUUCUAGAAAAAUGUUUGAUUUUUUUUUUU